UUUCAAUAAAUAUUGUGAUAAAACGAUGAAACGAGUCGCUCUUCUUGCCGUCGGGUCGUUCAAUCCACCAACAAUUGCACAUUUACGUAUGCUUGAGGUCGCCAGGUCACAUCUCGAAACGAUUAAUACACAAGUUGUUGAAGGAAUAAUGAGUCCCGUUGCUGAUUCAUACAACAAUAAACCAACGCUUAUAAAAUCUAAUUUUCGCAUUCAAAUGGUUCGAGCCGCCACAAAAAGUUCUGAUUGGAUACGAGCCGAUGACUGGGAAUGUACUCGAACCACGUGGACAAGGACAAUUGAUGUUCUUAGACAUCAUAGAGAACUUGUUCAGGAGAAAUUUGGAUCAGACGUCGGUAUGAUGUUAGUCGUCGGAGGUGACGUAGUAGAUUCAUUCACAAGAAUUCUUCCCGAUGGAUCAAAUCUUUGGAAUUCCAGUGAUAUUCGAACGAUUAUAACAGAAUUUGGAUUAAUAGUUUUGUCACGGGAAGGAUCGAAUCCAUUGAACACAAUUCAAUCAAUGCCUGCAAUUUCCGAAUUUUGUGAUAGAAUAAUUCAAGUGAAAGAUGAAGUGUGUCCCAGUGGAGUUAGUUCAACACGUCUUCGAGCCGCAAUUAUGAAUAAAAAAUCCAUAAAAUAUUCGACGCCAGAUGAGGUUAUCAAUUUUAUCAGGGAGAAUAAUCUGUAUCAGAAAAUUUAAUUUUUUACUGUUAAAUAUAUAUACUUUUGAAUAUAUUCUUAAAUGCUACGGGUUUUAAUUAAUGGCAUUGUUCAAAAUAUCGAAUAAAAAUUGCGGUCUG